AUGCCAAUAGCUAAUUUCCUGGAAGAACCGCCCCACCUUCAAGGUUUUUAUUGUCUUCAUCAUGAAUCCCGUCACGAUUUCACCCCUUGGGGUGUAGACUCACAAGGGAGCACUCAUCAGACGAAAACUUACGAAUUAAAACGUGCUUAG